AUGACUGUCAUGACUUGCUCUGCCAUCAUCCUCGAUGGCCAGGAUGGGGAGAAGGAUGCUGAGCUCCGGGCCGAGGCGGCGGGUGUUGCUCAAGCGCUGCUUGUUGUGUGGCUGCAGCGGUUUCGGCUGGGCUGCGGCGCCUUGACCACGAUGGCUGCCACCGUCUACGUCGACCGCGCAUUCUUCCAGGCCCUCUGUGCCCCAGCACCUCCAGUCCGUCGGCCUCAACCGCCAUUGGACUUGUCAAAAAUGGGCGCGAAAAUGCUGGACACUUUCGUGCACCAUGACCUGGCAGCGUUCGCUGGUCAUUCUGAGGGCCAACAAGCCAUUCUCCGCAAGUUGUGGUCGUUGCCGCAAGAGGAGCAGGUCCCUGAGAUCCUGGUCGAUCCGAGCGGCGAGCUCGAGCUCAAAGGCGUCUCCAUGGACACAGCGUCGCACGACGUGACUGGUGGACUGAAGGCCAAGCUGGAAAGCGCCGCUGCUGUCCUUUCGGGCGCGCCCAGUGUGCAGGCAGUCUACAUCGUCAAGGCCGGCAGCAACGCGGCCGCGCAGGACUACCCCCACAACUCAUUUCGCGACUGCGACGCGGUCUUCUGCCACCCGCGCACAGGCGCUGUUCUCUUCGUAGGCAGCCACGUGGCCGCCAAAGAUGCCGCGUUUCUGGAGGAAUACCACAUCCGGCACAUUGUCAACUGCCAGGAGCCAUCUUCACCGAACUACUUCGAGGGCGACCCUGGCUUCGAGUACUUCCGCUUCGACGUGGCCAACUGGAAGCGCGAGGUGCGCGUCGAGACAGCGCAAGAUGCCCAGCACUACGUCUCCUCGGUGCUUGAGUUCCUGGAUGCGGCCCUGGACAGCGGCUCUAACGUGCUGGUGCAUUGCCACGCAGGCGCGCAUCGCGCAGGCACCACGGCUGUGGCGUACCUGAUGCACGCGCACGGUAUCAGCCCUUCAGCUGCAGCUGUCGUUAGGGUUUAG